AUGCGCUUUUCCAGCGUGACCACCCUGCUCGGCAUCACCACCGCACACCUCGCCGGUGUCCUUUGCCAGAGCCCCGGCGAUCCCCCACCAUGGCACAACGGUGCCAUCACAGAGGAUGGCUCUUGCGGCCCUGACAUGUCCGACGACUGGGUAUGCACACCUACCUGGGGAGCCUUGUCUUGGGGAUCAUCAUCUCUUACAAAAAAAAACAGUCAGCAAGGCUACGGCAACUGCAACGUCCCCUGGACCGGUGUGCCCUCUCCAGACGGCUCCUGCGGCUACCCAAACCUCUACAACUGCACCAACUCGGGCUUCGGCUCCUGCUGCUCCGCCACCAACUGGUGCGGCGACUCCUCCGCCCACUGCGGCGCCGGUUGUCAGUCUCUCUUCGGCACCUGCACCGAGUCCAACGUCAGCACCGACGGGGAGUGUGGCACCAGAAACGGCAAGACGUGUGCCGGGUCUGGCUUUGGAGACUGUUGCUCUCCUGCCGGCUUCUGUGGCGGCACCACCACCCACUGCGGCGCCGGUUGUCAGUACGGCUUUGGCACAUGCUCGAGCGGAAGCGGCAGUAUCUCUACCGACGGGGAGUGUGGCACCAGAAACGGCAAGACGUGUGCCGGAUCUGGCUUUGGAGACUGUUGCUCUACUGCCGGCUUCUGUGGCGGCACCACCACCCACUGCGGCGCCGGUUGUCAGUCCGGCUUUGGCACAUGCUCCGGGGGAAGCGGCACUAUCUCCACCGACGGGAGGUGCGGCACCUUCAACAGCAAGACGUGUACCGGAUCGGGCUUCGGAACCUGCUGCUCGGCCGGCGGCUACUGCGGAAGCACCAACGACCACUGCCAAGCGGGUUGUCAAGCGUCAUUUGGGACCUGUAGCAGCGGGAGCGGCACCAUCUCCACCGAUGGAAGAUGCGGCACGUUCAACGGCAAGACAUGCACAGGAUCGGGCUUCGGGAACUGUUGUUCCUCUGGCGGGUAUUGCGGAAGCGCAAACGACCACUGCCAAGCGGGCUGCCAGGCGUCCUUCGGUACCUGCAGCGGUGGAAGCGGGACGAUCUCGACGGACGGCAAAUGCGGCUUGAAUGGCAAGACGUGUGUUGGCUCCGGGUUUGGAAACUGCUGCUCGGCGACUGGAAAUUGUGGCGCGACGGCGAAUCAUUGCGGACAAGGAUGGUGA